UAUGCGAGCACUUUUCUGCCUGGACAGCCGGGCGCCAUUUUGUUCGCCUGUGGAGCCGAGAAGGGAAAUCCUGUCCAGGAGCGUCGACCACUCUACAUGCACCAAACCGGACAUACUUAAUUCCAGUCGGUAUAAACUGGUAAUUGUGAACGCUUUAUUUGAAGUAAUUGAACAUUGUAUUUAUUCAUUCAUUGACUUAUUUUAGGUAACGUUAAGUGUAGUAGUCGUGCUAAAGUUAACAACAUGCUAACGUUACCCGAAGUUAUCAACAUGCUAUUCGAAAGUCAUAGAACACUGUUAUUUUAACGUACACAGCUUUCAGGCUUAAUAAUAUACAAAUAAUUUGUUCUUUAAACGUUUCUUGUCUCAGUGUUUUUCAUCUGACAACCUUCAUUGUUAAAUAAGUCAGACCAAACACUACAAUAACGCCUAGCGUGACGAAUGAAGAAGAAAAAAUCUUGUGAACAGUGGAUUUAAUUCCAAAUGUAAUUUAGUAACUUUACGUCGUAAUCGAACUUUUGAAAAACUAAAUGGAAACAAAAGCGUUUUUCAAUAAUUCGAAUCACAAUUGUUUUUGCUGUCCUUUCGCUUUGGGUUAUUUCUAAGCGUGUAGAUUAAGUAAUAAUAUAUAUUUUUCAUCUGUAAAAAUGUUUCUAAAAUAUUUGAGAUUUAAAAAUGCAGAUUUUGUAAACUGCACCCUAAAUUUACAGGUGCGGACGCAAAAUCUGCGAAAUAUUUAUUCAGAUAAUACCAAUUUUAAAACUUGAUAAAUAUGGUUUAUCAUGCUCAAAAGAAACCAAGAACCAAAAUUUGUUAAAAUACUAAACUGUCUACACAAUCUCAGGUUGUUUGUUAUGUACUAUCACCUAUUGUUGUGUCCAAUCACAUGGUAUAUAAAUCUAAAAACAUGUCCUGUCUCCCUUGAAAAUAUUUUCCAUGUAUUAAAAUAUAUUGUGUUCCUUAUUCAAAUAACCGUUUGUUCAGCACAUGGGGAGUGUUUUUGUCUCUUUUUUGAAAUGUAGGUUAUGCAAGAUCUUGUCCUUCAUUCCAGAGGAUAACUGGAUUUGGAUAAUGAUUUAGCUUCCCUGAAGAUUGCUGCUUUUUUAAUCUCACCAUUGGUUUUUGUUUUUCCUCUAUUGGGCUUUUUUUUUACAUAGUUCCAGUCUACCCCCCUUUAAAAUUUCCUCACGCCUUCAAGAGACAUAGAAGAGAUCCCUUCUUUUUGUUUUUUCUUUCCAACAUCUCCAAGAUAUCCAGUCCCAUGUUUUGCCCUCGGCUCUCCUUUUUUGACAACAUCUUGCUUGAGGAUUUUUAAACUCCCCCAAACCCCCUCACCACUCAAUUAUCAACAAUAUUGGAGAGAAGAAAAAAAAACCGGACAUUUUCCACCACCUGCCAAUUUUAACACAGCAGUCUGAUGGGAACAAGUCGCUAAAAGAGAGGCAAAAGUUGCCCCAUCUCCCCCUGUUCAGUCUUUACUCAUCAGUCAAGUGUUCCUUCAGGAUACAGACAGUGCGGAGCGACCCUUCAAGAAGCACUUGAGAUCACCAGGGAACGUCUCAGCCACUGCAGGGAGAUUCACGUGGACCCUGUCGCAGGCGUCCAGGACGAGAUCGCAGCAUCACUGAAGAGCUCCUGACCUAGAAGACUACAAACUUGUGCCAGAAUGACCAUGCAAGGAGAUGACUGCUACUUCUACUAUUAUUCCACCUGUACUAAGGGUGACAGCUGCCCUUUUCGACACUGCGAGGCUGCCAUGGGUAGCGAGACGGUCUGCACCCUUUGGCAAGAGCAAAGGUGCUUCCGUAACAUCUGCAAGUUUCGCCAUAUGGAAAUAAAGAAAAACCGCAAAAAAAUUGCAUGCUAUUGGGAGAACCAGUCAGCUGGCUGCCAGAAACCUCACUGUGCUUUCCAUCAUGAGAAGCCACGCGUCAUCGAUGGGAAUUAUUUUGCCCCAGACAAAGGGCAAGUAGUGCGAAAGGAGAAGGAAGAGACCCCAUAUGAGGAUCAAGUCAACCAAGUCUCUGUGCCCACUGCAAACCCCACUAACCCGCAGUUAAGAGGGGUCAUUAGAACUGAGACCCAAGAGAAUGUCCCCAGCCCUACCCAUCCACCAGUGGUUAUCAACCCUGUGGAUGACGAUGAUGAAGAUGAUCAAUUCUCAGAGGAAGGAGAUGAAUCUCUUGGAGGAUCACCCUGGAAAAUGAUCACAGGCAAAAGGCAGUCCACCAUGCAAAGCCCAGCCCAAAACAAAGGAACUGCUACUGAAAAGGAAAACAUUCAAUCUCUCUCACGUCUGGAAGUUAACAAUUCCAGCAUCGAUUCAUCUGUUAAUGAAAUUGGAAGAAGAAAAAUUACAGACAGACUUGGGGAAAGAAUUUUGAAAAGAGAUGCUUCUGUGGAGGAAGACCUACCAUUGAAACGACGCCUUGCUGAACGUCUCGGUGGAAUUGUUGAAUCUUCCACAGACGUGCUACCACAGAAAGCUCAGAAACCAGUGCGUGAAAGACUUGGAUUGACUGCCGCGCCACCUAGCACUGACAGCGAGCCAAAAUCAUCUGGAGAUAUCCAUAUAAAAACUCUGGAGGAGAUUAGGCAAGAGAAGGCAGCCAGAAACCUCAACAUGAGUGAAGUUGUGCCUGUUGUGAAAGAAAUGCCGGCAAAGAAGCUGAGCACAUCCAAGAAAAGUGUCAGACCCGUUGGCGGACUUCAGGUUAAGACCUUUUCUGAAAUCCUGCACGAAAAGAAAAAAAUUCAGGAGAAAAAAGCCCAGGAAGUGAAUACAACAGCCAAAAGCCCAGAGAGGAACGAAGGACCUUCCACUGCCGGAGCUGCAGUCAAGGCUCCUGUGACAGCUGGGGAGGUACGUGUAAAAAUGCUGGAGGAGAUGCGCAGGGAAAAGACAGCCCGGAUGCAGGCACAGCUUCAUGAGCCCACAGACGAUAAAACCCAAACCUCAACUGAAGCAGAGGCAAGUGGACCUCCAAAGAGGCGCAUUCUACGCAUUAAUAAAAGCUCACCAACUGCAUACACUGUGGAUCAGACAAAACCAGAUGCGCCUGAUAAGAAACUAGAACCUGCUGCAGAAACAAAUGGAAAAGGCAAACCCUCCAGUGAGACUGUUAAAGUGAAAACGUUUGAGGAGAUCAUGCGAGAGAAGAGACUCCGCAAGCUACAAGAGGAGCAAGUCACCUCCACCACCCAGAAGGAUGCAGGACUGUCUGCACCUGCUGCCUCACUGCCAGCCUCUGAACCCUCUGGCCAGCCCCAAACCACAGUGAGACAGCGGAUCGCCCUCAAGCACAAGAGCUCUCCACUCCCUGCUGCUGUAGUGCCCCAGAAAAGCUCCCCCGAGCUCUCUGGAGACAGGUCUCCAUCGAACACACCAAAGCCAUCAACCUCUCCUGUGAUCGCUAUCCAGCUGGCUGAGGGAAAUAUUCAAACAGAGACCAAGGUGAAGCCCAAGGUGAAUGUAAAGCCGUCAGUAGUGAGGCCAGCAGCCCAGCCUACCCAAAAGAGGAAAGCUGCAAAAAUUUGUUCUGCUGUUGCUGAAGUGAAACCUCUUAACACUGCCUGUCAAACACCUUCCUCGCUGGUUAUUCCCAACAAGCGCCUUAAGGUGGCGUCACCAGCCUCUCAAGAUGUUCAGUCCGACACUCAGCGGGUGCCUUCCAACAAAAAGGAUAUUCAAAUGGUGCCUAUGAGCUGCGUUGAACCAGCCAGUACUACAUCACCUGAAAUUGUUGCGGUCCCCCAAAGCCCUGUGAUCAAAACACCCAGCAUGCAGCGCUCUCGGCGGUCCAGCACCACUUCUGGUCGUACUCCUGCUGUUACCAGUUCAACAGUGGAUGACUUUGAAGAACUGUUAGGUGAAUUUACUGAUGACCGGCUUGAGGAUGACUUGGAAUUGGAUUCGGGCAAGGGAGAGGACGACCUUCUUUUAGAACUCUCAGAGAUGAUUGACAGUUAGACAUGAGUGACGUCACCCUUUACUUACAAAAACACUGCCACUAUGAAUUUGAAAGGACUGUGACAUCAUUUAACCCACAGCAUUUUAAAUUGAGGCGUAUAUUUUCAAACUCUUAAUAGAUCUGUUUUAAUGUUCCUGUUUACAUUUUUUUUUUUUUUCAUGUCAAUGUAAAUAUGAUUUCUUUCUCAAAUAGUGCUUGAGAAACACCAGUUGUGGUGUCCAGGUUUUGUCCUCUUGUUUUAUUUUAGUUGACUUAAAGCUGUCAAAAAAGGGAAAAAUCUUAUUUAGCUGUUGCAGGUAUUAACAAGCCAUUAUAAGACAGCCUCGGGUAUAAUGAUUGUGUUGGAAGUUGUGUUAUAUCACUAUCACUCAUUAUGUAUUACAGAGACAGGAAGUUUUCAGUUGUGUACUGUGUAUGCUGAAAAAUGGCUUUUUAUUAGAGAGGCACAUCAAGGCCACACCUUUCUUAGUCUUCAUUUUGAGUCACGUGUAUUUAUGAUCCAUUAAAUGUUCUUUUGCCGUCAUUAUCAACAUUGUUUUAAUAGGUCAUUUCGCUCACCUUUGAUUUAGUAUAGACAAAAUAUUUUAUGGUAUUAUGGUUUAACGGUCUGGCAGAUAGCUGAAGGGCAUGGUUUUCCUUUUUCAUUUCUGCAUAAUUUCUGUCACAUAUUUUAUGCUAAAAGAAAUUUCCUUGGGAACCAUCUACACCUUUUCAGCUUGAGAAAUUAAUAUCAAAUAAUUUUAGCAGGGAAGUUCCUUCUCAGACUUCUGAAUGAAACCCUUAAAUAUGAAGCAGUGCUCUCAGGGACAAUACUUCAGCUUUGCUUACCUGUAUAUUUUGUGUUUUCUUUGGAAAUGUCCUGCCCACCCGUGUCUUCUCAUCUUUGUUUUUAUUGACCUUAACUAAGUGACCUCAUGCAUUGAGGGCAUGUAAUGUGAAAUUGUUUGUGCUGCAGCGCUGCCUGCACUUGUUGCACCUCUUCAAAAUCUUUGUAAAUAAAAUGUCUUUAUGAGAAAA